CUAAACUCCAUGGGUCACUUUUAUUGGUACCAAAGAUACUUUCAGUAAAACUGUAAGGUUAAUAUAAUCAUCAAAUAUAUGAUUUAUCAACAAACACACAUUUAACCCAAAUUAGAAAAAUAUCCUAUGAAGUUAAUAGAAAAUAUUAUUGUGAUAGCUCAAAGAUAAGUUUAGUAGAUUAGAUGAUGUAUAUCUAUAUUUUGAUUUCAUAUUAAUUGUAAAGACAUAAAUAUAGAUAUAAAUCUCUAAUUGUUUAUUUUUGAUAGAUAUCAAAGACUUAUUUUUGAGUUCUUAGCUAAUUUGUAUUAAUGAAAUAUCUCAAAGAAAUCUAAGAAGAUAAACAAAGAUAGGGUCCUAUCUAUUCUCUUAAAACAAUCCCCAGAACUAAAUAUAAAGGAGAUUUAUCAUCAUAUUUCACAAAAACAAAACGAAUAUAUACUUCUUUUCAUGCCAAUAAGAAGAAAAUUAAGCAAAAGUAAAGAAAAUAAUUUCCUCUUCAAAAGCAUACUCUCCUCUCAAAUUGAUGUUGUUCCUUCUCCAUUAUGAUAUCUCUCGGCCUCUCUCUCUAUAGCUGUCUCUCUCUAUAAUUUAUCUUUUUCUCUCUCUCCAUUCUAGUUCAUAGCACAUAGACUUAUUUAAGUACAUUGCCUGUGUUGUCUUUCUCAACCAUUAGUCCUUUACUUCGAUAAAGGCUAAGGAAGAAAAGUUUUGAUUGUCUUCGUCAUUGGAACAGUUUUAAUUUUGUUGCUUCAAAACAUCCAAAAGGACAUGAACAACAACAAGACUUUCAGUACUACAAGCACCAUCAAUGAAGACUACAUGUCAUUCCCUUAUAAUGACAAUUAUUGCUCACAACCAUUACUCCCUUUUAGCCCUUCCUCUUCCAUUAACGACCUCUUGAUUCACUCCAAUUCCAACACAUCAAACAAUCAUCUUGACCAUCAUCAUCAAUUCCUACAAGCAGCUUCUCCUUUUUCUCAAUUCGAAUUCGUCCAGGAUUUUUCUCUCCUCCCCUCUUUCCUCCCACAAAACAUUGCCCAUAAUGAUAACCAAACCAUAAGCAUCAAUGACCAUCAUCAUCCAUCCCUUCUUCCUUUGAACAACACCAUUGAUGAAUCCCAACUCAUUGAGCCGUCGGAGACCAUAACCACACACAACGAAGACUCCCAGAGAAUCUCAACUACUCAAGACCCGAAAAUGAAAAAUGCCAAGAAACCAAGCAGAACGGACCGGCACAGCAAGAUCAAAACGGCUAAGGGGACAAGAGAUCGUAGAAUGAGACUCUCUCUAGAUGUCGCCAAAGAAUUGUUUGGCUUACAAGACAUGCUUGGAUUCGACAAAGCCAGCAAGACCGUUGAAUGGUUGCUCACACAAGCCAAACCCGAGAUCAUAAAGAUCGCCAACAGCCUUUCUAACCAGUUUAAACACGGCGGAUUCAGCAGCGGAGAUGACUCCCAAACCCGACCGGCGUUAGGAUCAACGGAGACAUCGUCUGAUCUAUGCGAAUUUGCAUCUGUGUGGACAGUCGAGGAUAGAGGCAGCAAUACUAGCAUGACCGAAAAUAAGGUGGAUGGGAGAACAAUGAGAGGGAAGAGAAAGAUGUCGCAGCGAACGCCCAUUUUGAAGGAGAUGUCUAAAGAUGCCAGAGCCAAAGCAAGAGAGAGAGCAAAGGAUAGAACAAUGGAGAAGAUCAUGAAGAGAAGACGACCACAAGUAAAUGCCGUAGAAGAAGUAGAAGCUCAUAAUCAGCAUGAUGAGGUAGUAAAGAAUAAUAAUUCUGGUGUUAAUUGGACUACUUCUUUUGAGGUGACGCCCUGCGGAGAAAAUAUGGAAGAACUUUGCAAGAACAAUCGUUUCGCAGUUUACAACGAUUUUGUGGUGAAUAAAAAAGAUCACAUUUCCGAAGAAUCAUAUAAUAUGAUCAGCCAAUUGAAUUCAUCAUUUCCAAUGCUUACUCCCCAUCGCAGCCAAGGUGCAGCUACUUCCAUAGAGCAGCAGCAGCAGCAACAGGUUAGGGAUGUUCAUCACUUCUUGUACAACUAUCAUAAUAUGUAAUAAUGAUAUAAAUUACCGUUAAUUUCUCAAAUUAAUAUAUAAUAAUUUGUGUAUAUGUGAGUCUUAUGAAGCUUUUUUACUUCACUUUCUUGUCAUAUAUUAAAUCGAUGUAAAACAAUCAAUGCCUUUUAUAUAAUAUUUUGUUUAAUUAUA